AAAUGAGGGAGAGGCUAGAGAGGUCGUUCUUCCAUGGCGGUGUGUCUCGUACGCUUCCUCUUCUUCUUUUGACAAAAGAAAAAUAGAGACAUCUACUCGAAUCCCUUUUCCCCUUUCUUCUACAAAGUUCUCCGGAGGAGAGUUAUUGUCAGCCGUCAUCCGGCCAUCGCACCAGCGAUUUCGGCGAGGGAGAGUUUCUGAGGGAGAAAGUGAAUUUUGUCUUUGUCUCGGUCUCUCUCUCUCUCUCCAUCUGAUGGUUUCGUUUGCAGCGAGAGAAAGAUAAGGACGCUUUUGGCUUGAAGAGAAAGCAAACAGAAAAUGAAUGGUCGAAGUAAUGGGACAGCAAUUGGAAAUGGAUUUGGGAGUUUAGAGAGUGAAUACAUUAGGAGACACCAUAGGCAUGAUCCUGCUGAUCAUCAGUGUAGCUCUACUCUCGUUAAGCACAUCAAAGCUCCUGUUCAUCUAGUUUGGUCUUUAGUGAGGAGAUUUGAUCAACCGCAGAAGUAUAAGCCUUUCAUUAGCAGGUGUGUUGCACAGGGGAACCUUCAGAUUGGAAGUGUUAGAGAAAUUGAUGUAAAGUCUGGGCUUCCUGCCACUACAAGUACUGAAAGAUUGGAGUUUCUCGAUGAUGAUGAGCAUAUCCUCUGCAUCAGGAUUGUUGGUGGGGAUCAUAGAUUGAGGAACUAUUCUUCAAUCAUUUCCCUCCAUCCGGAGACCAUUGAUGGAAGACCAGGGACUCUGGUGAUCGAGUCUUUUGUGGUGGAUGUACCUGAUGGGAAUACCAAGGAUGAGACAUGCUACUUUGUUGAAGCUCUGAUCAAGUGCAAUCUUAAAUCGCUAGCUGACGUGUCAGAGCGGCUUGCAGUUCUGGAUCAGACUGAGCCCAUUGAUUGUAUCUGAGAAACGUUGAAGUGGAUUGUUGAGAUGUGGUGGGAGGCUGUGGUUGCAAAGGAUGAAGCUUCCAUGGCAUGGACCACGGAGGCUCUGGAUACUGACCGGCAGUAGUACUUUCUUCCUAUCUUCCAAGACACUGUUGCACUCGUUUUCCUUGACUGUAAUGUUCUCCUUAAUUUGUUUGCUGGAUUUCCCAUCUUUAGUAGCUCAAGAACCACACCCUAUAAAGGUUUGUUCAUGCUUGUGAAUGAAAAGUAAAAUUGAUAAAAAAAAAAAAAAGGGACGAAGAAAGAAAAGAAAUAACUAGGUUGUCUUCCUUCGUGACAUCCAUCGUUUUGUCUGUUAGUAAUAUUUGUCUGAUAUAUGUGUGUGGUGGAAGGAGUUGUUUUGUAUUUUUCUCUUUUUCUAGGUGUUGGUUAAGAAGCUUGGUGAGUUGAAUAUCCGGGGUCUCGAGUAUCAUUUGUUGUAAAAGCUGUAGCUAACAGAGAGUAAUGUAUAUUUUCAGUGGCUCCCUUGUAGGAAAAAUUAUUUCAUGCGACCAUCGUACAGCCA